AUGACUCGACCGUACCUACUGGCAGGUGCCAUCGACAUCCUAUCCCACCAGCUAGACUUCAAGGAGGCGAACACCAUCUAUAACCGCUUCGCUUUAUACUAUUCCCUCCACCUCACCAAAGACAUCACAGCCUACACCUCCCUAAAGACUACGGCAGACCUAGCCAUUGCCUACUUCUUUGGCGUGUUCGGCUCCCUCACCCUGUACCGCGCACACUUCCACCCACUAAACCAUAUCCCCGGCCCCUACCUUGCCCGAAUCUCAGGCCUCUGGCUCUCAGCAAAACUCCACUAUCGACCAGCCUACAUACUCAUCCACGAUCUCCACGGGCAAUAUGGCCCCGUCGUACGCGUCGGCCCCUCAAACGUCUCAAUCCUUCACCCCUCCGCCGUCCCCCAAAUCUACGGCCCGCGCUCUCCCUAUACGAAAAGCACCUUCUACGACAACGGGCACCCGAUGAAAUCACUACACGUGUACCGAAGCCGGUCUGAGCACGAUACGCGGCGCCGGGUAUGGAGCACAGCAUUCGGCGACGCGCGACUGCGCGGGAAUGAAUCCCGGAUCCGGUUCAACCUGUACAGCUACGACGUAAUGGCUGAUCUAGCCUUCGGGCGGAGCUUCGGCAUGCUGGAUACAAGCCGGAAUCAUUGGGCGAUUGAGGUGUUGCUCAAGGGGGUUGUGCCCUUUCAGUAUUAUCUCCCCAGUUGGGUGUUCAGAUGUCUUAUUACGAUGCCGGCGCUGACGAGUGACUUUCAUCAAUUUGUGCGGUUUGCGACGCGGAAGCUUGUUGAUAGGAUGGGUGACAAGGUGGAAAUCCCAGAUAUCUGUGCCUCCUUCCUUGCUCCACUGAAUGGAAAGCCCCCGACGAUGGACGAAUUCAACCUCCUCAUGGGCAACGCCAUGCUCGUCAUCACAGCGGGAAGCGACACAACCGCCACAACCCUGACAACCCUCCUCUAUCGCCUCGCCCGUCACCCCGCCGAAGUCAACAAACUCCGAGCCGAACUCGCACCCAUCGAGCGCGAUCCGUCAGGAGACUACCUACACAGCACGAUCGCGCAGUUACCGCAUCUCGGCGGGUUCAUCAACGAGACGCUACGACUUCAUCCGCCGGCUCCAAGUUUAUUCCUAGGGAUACGCCGCGUGAAGGGAUUACUGUGGGAAUGGGACGUUUAUUCCGGGAGUGUAACGGUUUUCUGCUCGCAAUGGGUGCUUGGGCGGUCGAGCGAAGUCUACUCAGAUCCCCUCUCGUUCAUCUCUGAACGGUGGUACAGCCAUCCGGAGCUACUCAAGGCUCGAUCGGCGUAUACGCCUUUCUCACUUGGCGCCUACAGUUGCAUCGGCAAACCCCUCGCGCUAAUGAACAUCCGCACGAAAAUUGCCCGGUUAAUCAUGACGUACGACAUUUCUUUCCCCGACGGCGAGGACGGUGAGCAUUACUCGAUGACGGGAAGGAUCAUUUUAGUAUGGGGAUUGGGAGGAUGCCGAUAG